AUGGCUGAUAAAUCUGAAGUUGAAAGUGAUCAAGGAGUGAAGCCAAAAGGAGUUGAAGAAGAAGAGAAGCCUGCAUUAAGUCCUCUGCAGGCAGAGAGAGAGUCAAGAGAAGGAGGAGGAGUAGCUGAAGCUCCUGAGAUUAGAAAGCUUGGAAAACAUCAUUCAUCUGAUAAGUCUGUUGCUGGUGGAGGUGUUAUCAUUGGUGGUCUUGUUACUGCCAUUUUUGCUGCUGUAGCCAGUGCAUUUGAGCAAUUAAACAGAGCAUAUGGGAAAAAGCUGUGCUCACAAGUCAUAAAAAUGGAAGCCAUUUUUGAGACCAGCAGUAACUUGUGA